ACUUAAUAAUUUAUUUGUCAUGCUCUCGCCUCGGCUUCAUCGAGUGAACUUUGAAGAUAAUGCCUCUUGGGGCCCUGAACUGUCUACAGAAUUCAUCAUGUUUACCACUGCCUCUUUUCUGCUGUCACUUUGAAGACUACCAGCCAUGGACACAGAGGGCAUUUACACAUCUCUGGAGAAGCACUCUGUUGACACCUAUGCAACAGCAGGACAGUCCCGGGUGAAAAGAGCAGCUGUGCAGCCAGGAGAUCACUGUCACUCACAGAAAACUGCAACCGAGAUAAACAUCUACAACACUCUAUGUCAGCAAGGAACUGGACACACCAAACAAACCGCAGAAAGUACCUCUCAAGUGAAUAAACGAGGCUACCUACUAAAACUGGCACUGGGGCUUCUGUUUGCCAUACUGGUGGUUGCCAUCAUCUUCCUGGUCAUGUACUGUAAACACUGCAGCCCAAGGCCUAUGGAGGGGAGGACUUGUCAUAGCUGCCCAGACAACUGGUUGCUGUUCAACUACAAAUGUUACAUUUUUUCCACUAAUAAAAUGAACUGGACCUCAAGUCGUGAUGACUGCAUCUUGCAGGGUGGGAAACUGGCUAUUAUAGAGAGUUUGGAGGAACAGACAUUUUUAAAAUCCUUCACUGCACUCAAAGGAGGGGAAAACAUGUUCUACUGGAUUGGACUGACAGAUGUGGAUAAUGAAGGUCAAUUUCAGUGGAUAGAUGGGACCUAUCUUGAUAAGAAUAUCAGCUUCUGGGGCCCAAAGCAGCCUAACAACUUGCCCCCUGGGGAGAACUGUGUACUGUUUCUAACUUUAGAAGGUUUCACUGGAUGGCAUGACUAUUCAUGCAAAACACUCUCAAGGAGAAUUUGUGAAAGAGAAGCCCAUUCAUAGAAGAAUACAGGAGUUGCCAGUCUGUUCAAACAUGGCACAAUACAGGACCAAUGUGUUUAGCCCAAUAUAAGACUGUGUUAGUGCUGUAAUUUUAUACCAGAAAGAGAAUUUUCAAACACUGUGAAGUGUAAAGCUUAGUAAGGCCAGGUUUCAUUGUAUUAACCAAUAGGAGACAGUUGCCAAUAACGAUCAAAUAUAUUUUUUUAAAUUAUUUUUUUCUUUUUUCAUGUGAUAUUUGCUGUAUCAGAUAUAAGAAGGUAUGCCUUACCCUCACACAUAACAGAAAAUAAUAUAAAACCCGUUUAAUCCAAUUUAGGGUCAUGGAGACCAAAGCCUAUACUGGCAGUACUGGGCACAAGGCAGGAAGCAGGCGGGGUCAAGAUGUCAGUCUACUGCAAGGACCACUUUCACCCAUGCACCCUCACAGGCAAAUCUUUUCAGACUCAAUUGAAAAAGCAGACAGCCCAUAGAAAAAACUUUACAGGGACAAUGUGCAGGUUCCACGAUGGCAAUGACUAUUAAUGGAUAUUGACCAGAAGACCCUUGGUUUGUAUGGCACCCUUAUGCUUGCAUGUCAGAGGGGAACAUUUUUUGUACAAUGGGUGAUUUUUUAUUUUCUCUUAGGCAAAUUAUCUGAAUAAUGCUGUUAUAGGGCAUUGUUGAUGUGUCUGCUGCAUACUAGUCACCUGCUUUGAAGAUCAGACUGCCAGGGUGAUACAGUAAGUGAAAAGGCAAAUGUCCUGAAUAAUCCUGUUACUUGUUAUUGUGAUGGCUGUCUACAGGAUACAGAUAUUUGCCUGCCUUGCCAAAAAGUCACAUGCUUUGAAGGUUGAACUGCUUAAACAUACAUACAAUGCAAUAUUGUGAUAACAGAACUGCCUCCUUCCUUGGAAAAUGUUUGUAUUUACCUGGCUUGAAAAUUAAAAUGUCUGGGGA